AUGGACAGCAGUGUGGAGGGCAUCGUGGGAGAGGAAGCUCUGGGGGAGGACAUAGAGCGGUUGGAGUGCGUGAGGGAUAUAGUGCACAGCAAUGUGGCAAAGAAGCAGGAGAGCACCAGGCGGAGGCUGACAACAGGUGCAGCUAAGGAACAUCUCAAAGUUGGAGAGCAGGUCUGGCGGCAGAAUGUCAGGAACCAGCAGAGGAAGGGUGGGAAGUUGGAGGCAAACUUCCUGGGCCCAUACACAAUAACAGCACUGGAGGGCAAAAGUGCAGAUUUGAAAGCAAAACAUGGUGCAGUUUUCCGCAAGGUCAACAUUGACCACCUCGUCAAGGUGAGGCAUGAAGUGCCACGCAUACCCCAUAAAAUAGAAACUUCCACAACCCCUUCUACUCAACCUCAGACACCCGCUGACAAGACACACCGCCCCACCGUCAUUUAUCCAAAGACACACCGCCCCACCGUCAUUUAUCCAAAGACACACCGCCCCACCGUCAUUUAUCCAAAGACACCCCGCCCCACCGUCAUUUGUCUCAAGACACACCGCCCCACUGUAAUUUGUCUAGCCAAAUCCACCAGAAAAGCUCCUCCACCUCCACCAGCCUCCCCACCUCCACCAGCCUCCUCACCUCCAACUGCACUACCCUCCUCACCUCCAACUGCACUAGCCUCCUCACCUCCAACUGCACUAGCCUCCUCACCUCCUCCUCCACCAGCCUCCUCACCUCCUCCUCCACCAGCCUCCUCACCUCCAGCUGCUUGUUUUGGAGAGGUAGCGGAAACAACUCCACAAUACAAAAAAACUCCAAUUCAAAUAUAUGUGAAAGAGGCAUUUGCAGGGAAGAAGGCCCAUGUCCUUCUUUCAAAGAUUGGAAAUUAUAAUUUGUAUUAUUGGGACAUCGAGAAGGUUGGUCCCAACCAGGAGCUUGAGAGCGAGGUAAUCAAUGCCUACCUCACCUUUCUUGUGAGGAAAUAUAAUAAAAUAAGUCCAGAAAAGGCUGGUGUCAUCGACAGUUUUUGCAUGACGGCAAUUUGGCAAGGGAAACAACAAAGAAUCCGAAAACUCGAUCCAAUGGCAUUCUCCAUCCUUUUGGGAAUAAUUAAUGAACAAAACCACUGGAUGUUGAAGUACUGAGCAAAUCUUGCUUCUAUAAGAUCAUUAUUAGUGGUUUUGAAGGCCCUAUAUACUUUCAAGGGUUGAACUCACUUUCAAAUGCCAAUUCUGAAGUUGAAAAUUUUUCAUGUACCCUUUCAAUCUUACACAUCAAUCUGUCCAAUAGUAGGUUUGUGCCUCACUUAUCUUGCUUCCAUGUUAAAAAUACAAAGGUCAUCUACCCACACGAGAAGAGAUGCCUUUUUUUGGAUCCAUUUGGGGAAUCACAAAGGAACAUCAAGAGAUGCCUGGGGUCAACAAGGGCCUUUAUGCGAAAGAAAGGCUGCAACGUGACAAGGUGGGCAUGCAGCACCCUGGCCCAUGCACGCCAGCAAGAUGGCACAUCAUGUGGUGUCCUGGCCUUAAAAUUUGCAGAGGAAAUAUUGAAAGGGCAGCAAAUAAACAUCAAGACGAAUCCUACGGCCGUGAACAAGAUGAGGCUUGAUAUUGCCACUGUCCUCCUCCGAGAAACAGAUGAUCUCAGCAAGUUCUGUCACAGCUGUGGGAUGGAGGAGAGCGAUGACCCUAAUUGGAUCCGCUGUGACAUCUGUGACAGGUGGUUUCACCACGAGUGUGUCCUGAGACCAGAUCUUGAUGGGGAUUACCUGUGCCCUGCAUGUGUAAUCAAUGCCUACCUCACCUUUCUUGUGAGGAAAUAUAAUAAAAUAAGUCCAGAAAAGGCUGGUGUCAUCGACAGUUUUUGCAUGACGGCAAUUUGGCAAGGGAAACAACAAAGAAUCCAAAAACUCGAUCCAAUGGCAUUCUCCAUCCUUUUGGGAAUAAUUAAUGAACAAAACCACUGGAUGUUGAAGUACUGAGCAAAUCUUGCUUCUAUAAGAUCAUUAUUAGUGGUUUUGAAGGCCCUAUAUACUUUCAAGGGUUGAACUCACUUUCAAAUGCCAAUUCUGAAGUUGAAAAUUUUUCAUGUACCCUUUCAAUCUUACACAUCAAUCUGUCCAAUAGUAGGUUUGUGCCUCACUUAUCUUGCUUCCAUGUUAAAAAUACAAAGGUCAUCUACCCACACGAGAAGAGAUGCCUUUUUUUGGAUCCAUUUGGGGAAUCACAAAGGAACAUCAAGAGAUGCCUGGGGUCAACAAGGGCCUUUAUGCGAAAGAAAGGCUGCAACGUGACAAGGUGGGCAUGCAGCACCCUGGCCCAUGCACGCCAGCAAGAUGGCACAUCAUGUGGUGUCCUGGCCUUAAAAUUUGCAGAGGAAAUAUUGAAAGGGCAGCAAAUAAACAUCAAGACGAAUCCUACGGCCGUGAACAAGAUGAGGCUUGAUAUUGCCACUGUCCUCCUCCGAGAAACAGAUGAUCUCAGCAAGUUCUGUCACAGCUGUGGGAUGGAGGAGAGCGAUGACCCUAAUUGGAUCCGCUGUGACAUCUGUGACAGGUGGUUUCACCACGAGUGUGUCCUGAGACCAGAUCUUGAUGGGGAUUACCUGUGCCCUGCAUGUGUAUGAUGAUUGCCUUUGUGUUCACUUCAUUUGACGUUUGACUUUGUGUUCACUUCAUUUGUGUGACUUUGUGUUCACUUCAUUUGACGUUUGACUUUGAAUAUUUUAUAUAUAAAUUAUUUAACUAUGUGUGGAUUUUGUUAGACUUAAACUUAGACAAAUUUUAAUGAUCC